CAAAGAUCAUCUUUUCUCUUCUUUUGUUUUCUUUUCUUUUCUUUCAUUCCACCUUGUUUUCCAUCGUAAACUCCCACCAUCAUCCCCUUCACAGAAUUCUUUCAUUCGACGACACCCUUCACUGAUUUUGCAUCCACAACCCUCUUCACUUUAUCAAUCUCCAAAUGGAAGCUCCCAGCACACCCACCCUCGUUCAAUCAAUCACCCAAAAAUCCACAAAACCAGUAGUCCCACCACAGUACAUCCAACCACCUGAAAACCGACCAAACAACCCACAUAACCAAACCCCAAUCAACCACAAAAUCCCAACAAUAAACCUCACCGCAGAUCAAAACCCCAACACCCUCCGUCAAGAGAUUACAAGAGCCUGCAAAGAUUGGGGCACCUUUCAUGUAAUCAACCACGGUGUUCCUCUUAACUUGCUUGAUGAAAUUAGGAAAGUGGGUUCCUUUUUCUUUGAAGAGUUGCCAAUGGGGGAGAGAAUUAAGUACGCUUGUGAUCCGAAUUCACCUGCUACUGAAGGGUAUGGAAGCCGGAUGUUAGUUGCUAGUGAUGAUGUGGUUUUGGAUUGGAGAGAUUACUUUGAUCAUCAUACUUUUCCUGUUUCUCGACGGAGUUCUUCUCGUUGGCCUCAUGUUCCUGAUAAUUACAGGGAAGUUGUUGAGGAGUAUAGUGAUCAGAUGAAGCUUCUGGCCCAGAAAGUUUUGGGCUUGAUCUCGGGAAGCUUAGGAUUGUCGUCGUCGUAUAUUGAAGAUGCGAUGGAGGAAUUGUACCAAAAUAUUACUAUCAGUUACUAUCCGGCAUGCCCGCAGCCUGAGCUUACGCUUGGCCUGCAGUCUCACUCUGACUUUGGGUUCAUCACCCUUCUUAUACAAGACAAUGUUGCAGGUCUUCAAGUGGUAAAGGAUGGUGAAUGGGUCACUGUCGAUCCUGUGUCUCAUGCUGUUUUAGUGAUUUUGGGUGACCAAACAGAGAUUAUAACAAACGGAAUUUAUAAAAGUUGUCAACAUCGGGCCAUAACAAAUGCUAAUAAACCAAGGCUUUCGGUUGCUACAUUCCAUGACCCUGCCAAGACAACAACAGUAACACCCGCUUUCGAGCCUCAUAAGUAUCAUCAAGUUUUGUAUGGUGAUUAUGUUUCAUCGUGGUACACAAAAGGUCCAAACGGCAAAAGGAAUAUCGACGCACUCCUUAUUUGAUUCCGUGUGGGAGCGAGCAAGAUGCGUAGCAAUGUGGUUAUACGAACUGUUUUUUUUUUUUUUUUUUUUUCAUUUUAGAAGUUGAAAGCCUUGCAUGGGAAAAAAAGAAUUUAAGUUGUAAAUGAUUGAUGGUUUAACUUGAUUUGUGAAGUUUAAUGCUGAAUAAAUGUUUGGGGAUCCAAGAUA